AAAAGACCUGGGAAAACAAACAAACAAAAAUAAGACAAAUUAGGAAAGAUCCGGAAUAUUUUGAAGAGGAAAUUUCGGGAAACCCCCACAAUAAAAACUUCCGGAAAUCUGGGCAAAAUUUAGAUCGGCAAUAGGCAACUCCUCACGUAGUGCCAGUGUUGUCCUUCAACCGGGAACAAUGGGUCCGCUUUUCAAAGUGUUAACAACCAUCGUGUUGUUGGCUGUUGGCAGACAAGGCCAUGCAUUUGAAUUGAAAAAAAAUAAAGGAACUAUGUUUCCCGAUCAACCGGAACAAAUCGUCAACGCUACCACCAACAUCACAAUCACUUGCGUGUUUAUCCACAAUACCGAAAUUCACUGGACAUUACCCAAACUCCCUUCAGAUGUGGCGCUCCAAAUACGAAACAACCGUACAACUUUCACUCACUUUUCGAACGCAACUCACAUCGCCUCUACGCUGACGAUAACAAAUGCCAGGGUUACAGACACGGGGCUGUACAAGUGUUGCCUCAAACCGUUUCCUGAAGUUAACGUACAGCAGCACGUCUACGUUUACGACAGAAAGAAUCUUGUGUUCAACAGCGAUGGUGGUGACAAAUUUACUGUGAAGCAUGGACGAAGGGCUGAAAUUCCCUGCAAACCAACCCAUCCGGAUGUCCGUGUCACACUGAAACGCAACAACCUGCUUGCCGUCGAAAUUUUAUCCAAGGAAGAAGUACAAAAGGAUUUAUUAACUGUUCCAAAUACCAAAUGGGAAUUUGAUAAGCAUACGGGAUUAACGCUGAAUAAGGCCAAGUUAAGCGACUACGGGAGGUACGAUUGCCAUGGGACACUGGGAAAAACCACCUCGAAAAUAUCAUUCACUGUCGUUGUUACAGACGGAAUUGAAUUGACAAGGGACGGGGAUGAUGGUCCAGUGCUGGAAGGAAAUAACAUCACGUUAAUCUGCCGGGCUUACUUGUUUUCUUUACCACCCAAAUGGGCGUUUUAUAAAACGAAUAACGAUACCCACCCAAUCUACAUCGAUAAAACUAACCCCCAGCUCGACGGUAUGACAAUAAUGACGGAAAAUUCCACUCUGAAAGGAGAAUUUCAAAAAAUGUACAAGAGCUAUUUGAAAUUGAGGAAUGUGAACAAGAAUUCCCCAACAACAUUUCAGUGCAUGGAUGGAAACAUGAACGCUACUCGGACAUCGGUUGGAAGGGCACCGAUAUUGUCCUUCAAUGUUUCAGUGCCUCAGACGCCAUUUAUUGUCGACCCAAACAAUUCAACAAUUUUUCUGGUCAAGGACCAGCAGUCGAGUUUGAGGUGCGACGGAUACGGAAAACCCCAGCCCACAUUUCAAUGGAUCAAGGAUGGAGUCGUCAAAACUGGGGAUGACAUUUUAUCAAGUGGCAAUUCCUCCGUGUUGAAACUGCACGGAAUUCCCGGCGAAAACGGAACUUACGCCUGCCGAUUGCACAACAGUCGACAUGAAACAUUCAAAUUUUUCACAGUCAAAUUUGCUGAAGAGUCUCAGCUGUCGACCGUUAUUAUCAUCAUUGUCAUAAUUUCGGCAGUUGUUCUCAUCGCUGCCAUUAGCCUCAGCAUCAAAUUGUAUCGUGACAAGAAACUGAACUUGUUUCCCGGGGCGGAAGCUCUACUUAAAGGAAAGCCAAACGAAAUGAACGACGAUUUGAGUUUGGAUGACCAAAUUGAAAUAUUGCCGUACGAUAGACGAUGGGAAUUCCCAAGGAACCGGUUGAAACUCGGUGUACAACUGGGAGCUGGAUGUUUCGGUCGAGUCGUCAAAGCCGAGGCUGUCGGAGUCAAAGACUCGGAGGAAAAUGUUCAAACGGUAGCCGUUAAAAUGAUCAAGUCGCAAACCAACGUCGCUGCUCUCGAGGCUUUGGUCAGUGAAUUAAAAAUUAUGAUUUACUUGGGAGGGCAUUUGAAUAUAGUCAAUUUACUGGGGGCCUGCACCAAAACCCUCGUAAGAAGAGAACUAUUUGUGAUAGUCGAGUACUGCCGAUUUGGCAAUUUGCAAACGUACUUGAUCAACCACCGAAAUAAUUUUGUCAACCAAGUCGACGAACUUGGCAAUCUCUUGUCUGAUGCGGAAAUACAGGAAAUGAACAGUGCAAGCAUAAAAAGAAAAGAGUGUCCAAUCGAUGGUGACAAGGUAAAAGUUAAAGAAAAACCGGAAACAGACAGAUACGUAAAACAAAGAACCAGAUCGCAACCGGAUAAUUCCAACCCAACAGUCGACGAUGUUAACCUGAUGAAUGUGAGCAGCCUGUGUCUUUCGGGGUUUGCCAGGAAGACCCCCUGGAAGACCCCAAUACCAAAUUACAUGGACUGA